GCUCAUAACGGUUACACGCGCGCCGCGCACCGCUGCCAAGAGAGGCGAGAACUGCGAAAAACGAAUGUAUCGCGCAAGCCGCCCCGCGCGCACAGCCGAGUAAGCAGUGUGUUUGUGGGUUGGUGCGUUGGUGUCCUUCUGUACUUUAAUCAACGCCGUGCCGCACACUUAAAAAGAAAAAUAGUUGUUUGUGAAUUUUUUUUCUGGUUAUUUCGUUAUUGCAUUUACUUUGCAUCGAUACGAUCGGUACAUGUAUUUGCGGAAUUUUUAUACCUGUCGACGUAGACGUGAAAGAGACAAAGAAGCCUCCGUACGACGAUAACAGCGGCAAGAAGCAGCAGCAGCAGCAGAAAAUUUAAAAGACUCGUGAACUUGUGUGCUUCGUUGUUGUUGUUGUUUGUUUGUUUUUUCUUUUUCAUUCAUAAAUAAUACUGAAACGAUACCUCGUACGGUGAAUGGUUUUGGUCAUUCGCCGAAAUGACUUAGUGCCUCUCAGACGACAUUUGUAGUAGUUUUUAAAGAAGAGAGAAAAAAAGGAAAAAAAAAAUCAUCGAGAAAAAGUUCGAAGCAAGUAUAUAACUACGCAUCUCCGCCACCUUCGCCAAGAUGCCGAAGAUAUUCUUGAUCAAGGACCGGCUGCUCAAGCAGCAGGCGAGAUUGGAGAACAAUCAGAAUCCGGACAAGUUGCACCACGCCGCCUCGACGCCGGGCGCACUGAGCAUUCCCGGCGCCUCGGCCUUCUACGACGAGCCGCUCGAGCUCUGCGUGAGAAAAAUACAAAACGAUAAGAACGACGACGAAGACGACGACGAUAAUAAUCGCGACGAAAAGAGCAGCAAUGUUCACUCUACCGUCAAACAAGAGGAGUCCUGGAGUCGAUCGGCGAGUCCAGCGCCCAAAAAGAGCAACGAAAAUGUCAGCGACACAAAGCCAGCACCGGCGACGAGCUUGUUGUCGGCUCGUCAACCGGUAACGACGAAGGAGCAACGAGUGGAACUGCCCAAACCCAUCAGUCCGCCCAGCGAGGUACCGCAGGCCAAGAUCCACUCGAGGGUGUCGGUCAUCCAGAGGGUCCCGGCGAAGAACGCGAAAAAGGACGACUCGUGCGUGGUGAUACCGACGAGUCAGGAGCCCGAGCAGGAGCAGCCCAUCAACUACGCCGUGGAGAAGAAGGACAAGAGCAAUCACCAGACCGAAUCUGAAGACAUGGGCGCGCAACGCCGGCGGGCCGUGCGAGGCCACCACAAGGACCACAGCGGCGCCCCGAGCGGCCUCGAGUCCAAGUACGCCUGGACCCAGGCCCAACAGAUACCCGGCAUCAUGUCGGCGGCGAGUGGCCACGGGCGCUCCAGCAACGCCAGCGGCGCCGGCGGCCAGAACGGCGGUUCCGCGGCGGGUGGCGGCUCCGCCGCGGGCGGUGCCCCGGCGGGCGGCAACGGCGGCGGCUUCAUCUCGGGCGGCGGCGGAGGCGGACUCGGUGGCCUCGGCGGCACCGGCGGCGGUGGCAUGAACCCCGGCGGCAACGGUCAGAGCAAUUACGGGCCCAACUCGCCGCCGUCCUCGGCGCUGCCCCCGUUCUACGAGACGCUCAAAGCUCCCAACGGCCUGGGCUACGGCAACGGAUUCAUGAACAACGGCUACGUGCCCACGCCCAUACUGCCGAGCGGCAAAGUCUUUCAGCAUCAGUUCAACGUCGAGAACAAGAAUUAUCAGCUGCUGAACAACGUAGCUCCCCUGAAGGAUGACGAGGCGUCCUACCGUGGCAGCAUCAUUCUCAAGGACGACAGCAACGAGAUGGGCUCCUACAAGGUCAACAAUCUGCCACUGAAGCAGGAGGAGCUGGACGUCUACAAAUUGUCGCCCCAUCAGGGCGACGGACUGUUCAAUUCCAAUCCCAUGAGCUACGACGACAACAUGAUUCUCGAGGGUGGCCAGGAGUUCACCGGAACCUUCGCUCUGAGCGACUCCAACAACAUGCUGGAUUUCCAGGAACUGCUGCGCCAGAGCGUCGAGGACAAUUCGAUGCUGGACGAGACGCUGAACACGAGCAUCAAUGCGAACGUGACUUUGAGAGCCGACGGUACGAUUAACACCGGAGAUUCCAAUGUCGAUCAGUUCUUGGAGCAUAACGUGCACAUGAAUGGACAAAAUGACAAUCGAUUUUUCAACUCGCCGAGAAAUUUCGUUCCCAAAUUACAAAACUUCUACAUGGAGGAAGAAUCCACCUACCAACACUUGACUAAAGAGGUACAACUCAAUGGAAAUGGCGUACCCAUCUCGCACGCCGUGAACAUAGCUAUUGGAAACAAUCAAAAUUUGAUUUCACCAAAUUUAUCGCCAAAUCAUCAACACCUCAAUCAAAAUUUAGCUCAUCUAGAAGUCAACUACGCGAAUAAUCUGAAAUCUUUUCCAGCAAUGGACUUGGAAUCAGGCAGCUGUGGAGGAAGUUUACCCAGCCCAAGCAGUUCGGUGGACGUUCCUUCGUCCGUGACCAGCAGCACGUCGCCACCCGCGCCGUUGGAGCUCGCUGUUGAAGUUCCUAUUUCGCCGAGCCAGUCGGACUUUGUCGGACCGGAUGCCGCGCUCGUCCAAAAAGUUCGUUCAAAUUUCGAAGUGAUGGGACUCGUGGAUUACGAUAUAACCAGCGUCGAAUACGUUAACGGCGGCCACGGCAUCAAGAAUCCCCUGGCCAACAUCGAAUCCCAACGACAAACAUCCACCAGUGAAGACCGAGAACGCGAAAGAUCGGUACGACAGUCGUCGACAACCAAAGACAGCUCAGAGUCAAAGAACUUUGCGUGCCGCACGUGCAACAAAUCGUUCAACCUGCAGCGACUCCUCAACCGCCACAUGAAGUGUCACAGCGACGUCAAGCGUUACCUGUGCACGUUCUGCGGCAAGGGCUUCAACGACACCUUCGAUCUGAAGAGGCACACGCGCACGCACACCGGCGUCAGGCCCUACAAGUGCAAUCUCUGCGAAAAGAGCUUCACUCAGCGAUGCUCCCUCGAGUCGCACUGCCUCAAGGUCCACGGCGUCCAGCACAACUACGGCUACAAGGAGAGGCGCACAAAGGUCUAUGUGUGCGAAGAAUGCGGCCACACCACGCAAGAGCCCGAGGUUCACUAUAUUCAUCUUAAGGAAAAGCACCCGUACAGUCCGGCUCUGCUCAAGUUCUACGACAAACGUCACUUCAAGUUUACGAAUGCCAACUUUGCUAACAUGCUGUUGCAGGGUGGACUGUUGCAGCGCGAUGUUGAUUCCUGUGUCAAAUCAGUCUCGAAGGAAAUGCAGCUAAGAGCCCCGACUAAUUUGUUGCAAGUUGGAAACUCCAGUAAAUCUGAAAUGGUUUAAGAAGAUGACAACGUUGGAACAAGCACUCGAGGACUACAGUACUUAAUAAACAAGCGAGAAUUUCAUCACCGGAAUAGUACCUUUGUACUCGAAGUUUCAGACAAUUAUCUGUUGCUACAACGUCUCCUGGACUGAUUUACUCGGUCGUUCAUUAUAUUUAUUUAGUUUAAAAAUUAAUCUCUCCCUCGACUUGAAUUGGACGUCUCAGGAUUGUUAUGAAGAAUCUGCAGUUUUCGCAGUUCAUUAGCUAUUGGACUUUAGAAUCGUUAUUUAUUCAAAUGAUGAACGGAGCGUUACGUCCACUUUCGACUCGCAGGGUUAAGUAAAAAUAUUUUUGAUAGUUUUUAAGAGAUCUUUCGCGUUUUUUAUUUAUUUAUUUAAAUAGGGGUAUA